AUGUUGUCUACUCAAUUUUUGAUAUCCCUUUUAGUCACUUUAGCUGCUACUAAUGCUUCUCCGGUUGCUGAUCCUAUUGCCGAGGCUUUAGGUUUUGCUAAACCUGCCGAUGCUUCCUAUGAUUGCCAUUCUUAUUGUGGUAAUGCUAUCAUUCAGGCCAGAGACUGCUCUCCUGAUGGAAAUACUGACGGUGACUACGAUGCCAGUUGCUUGUGUUCUAGUGGAUCAAGUUUUUUGGCCUUGGUUCCCGAUUGUUUAGAUUGUGGUUGGUGCUUGUGGUCUGACUAUGGUCAGUACUUGACAAGUGCUUUGAGUGAAUGUAGUACUAGCACUGAACCUACUGGUAGUACUUGUGCUGUUUCUGCUACUACCGAUGCUGCCGGUACGACUGCUCAGUCGACAUCGGCUGCAGCCUCCUCUGCUGCUCAGUCUACGUAUGCUGCCGGUACGGCCGCUCAGUCGACAUCAGCUGUAAUCUCCUCUGCUGCUCAGUCGACAUCUGCUACAUUCGCUAUAUCUGCUACAUCUGCUGCAACCUCUGCUUCAGCCUCAUCCGCUUCAGCUUCUUCUGCUGUGCAGACCUACACUGGGGCAGCCAACAAAAUAUCUGUAAGUGUUACUGGUGCUGGUUUGAUUGGUGCUCUUGCAUUGUUUAUGUAA